UAAGCUGCCGUCUCCGGGGUGCUAGCUGGGUUCCUUCCGAGCUUUUCUAACACGGCGCCCAGGAAGUGCGACAGAUCUCACCCAUGUAGCAACUGCACCAAGCGCGAGGGCGCAGACACGCUCUCCUGCUCAUACGCCACUCCCGUUUCCCGCAGGAAGAACCAGAGCCAAGGGGAGCCCAGUGCGGACGAUAUGCAGAACCGGAUCGACAGGUUAGAGGGUCUCGUCCUGUCGCUGAUGCACGGAGGGGCAAGUGUCGAUGUUGGCUCGUUGCCCGGGGCGGCGUCCUCGGUUUCCUCAGCCGGCGCUGCUUCCAACGCCUCGCCUUCCACCGCAGACAGCAAUUCCUUGCCCGCGAAAAUCGAUGAGCGUGACGACGGCGCCAUGCAGGACGAGGACGAAAGUGAUAUUGAUGAGGGUCUGGCCAAGUCCCUGGGCGUCUUGAAGGUCGAUGCAAGCCGGACGAAGCAGGUCUAUUUGGGGGAAGAGCACUGGCACACCAUCCUGCUUGACAUCGCCGAAGUCAAGAACUACUUCGCAAAUCACAAGAAGGACAUGGAGAGGAGCUACGAGAGGAUUAAGUCAACCAAGCCGCCAAACGCGAAACAACCGCCGAUCCUACUGAUGGGCGCGACGCCUGCCUCUGAAAUCGAGCUCCGCGCCGAGCUGCCGCCCAAGUCGACCGUCCUAGCCCUGUGCGCAAGGUGUUUCAGCUCGGUAGACAACGUUGCCAGCAUUGUCCACGCGCCGACGUUCCAUCAACAACUGCGCAGACACUGGCAAGACCCGUCCAAGACGCCUAUCAUGUGGUUGGCGCUGCUGUAUUCGAUUCUGUGCUUGGCCAUGCUGAGCUAUCACAAGGUCGGGGACGAGCCGCCUGAUGGGAAGGGCCGGGUGCUUGAGCUGGCAGACGAGUACCGGCUGAGAACAGUGCAGUGUUUGAUUGCCGCCGACUACACAAAAUCCGCCGAGUACACGGUGGAGGCCAUGUUGCUGUACGCCUUCUGCGAGUACUCGUCCCGGUGGGAUGCCGAAUUAAGUCUGUGGGUAAUUAUAUCCAUGGUUGUGAGGAUCGCGAUGCGGAUGGGAUACCAUCGCGAUGGCAAGUGGUUUCCCACUCUCUCCCCCUUCGAGGCGGAAAUGCGACGCAGGACCUGGGGUCUCGUUAGGAUGCUUGAUGUCUUCUUGUCGCAUCAGAUCGCACUACCCAGCAUGAUCUCAGAAUACGACUGCGAUACCGAGUUGCCCCACAACUUAAACGACGAAGACUUCGGUCCGGACACGAAGGUAUUACCCCCGUCUCGGCCCAAUGAUGAGCCGACGCCCAUCAGCUACUUGAUCUUCAAGAUCAAGCUGUGUCUACAGCUCGGAGCCAUCUUGCAGGCCACGGGCCGAGUGAAGAACCCAGUUCACUAUGACGAGAUCCUCCGAUUUGAUGCCAAGCUACGCGACAUCAGGGCCGAGCUACCACCCCACCUGAAGAUGCUGCCACUUGAGGAAUGCCAGGGCCCGCUGACGCUAGUCAUGGCACGCUUCAACAUGGACAUUCUCUACCUCAAGAUCAUGUGUUUGCUCCACAGGAAGUACAUACCGCGAGCGAGGCACAACCCCCGGUAUGCGCACUCUCGGCGCAGUGCCAUCGAGGCCUCACUAGAGGCGCUGCGGCACUUGGCAACGCUGCAUCGGGAGUCACAGCCCAAUGGGCGGCUGCAUCCGAUCAGGUGGUUCGUUACAUCGGUGGCGACCAAGGACUUCCUGCUUCCUGCCAUGCUCAUCGCACUCGACUUGCACUUCGACAAUGCGGGUCAGGGGUCGGCGGGACAAAGCUCGCAUUUCUGGUCCCGGGAGCAACGCCAGGAGAUGAUCGUCAGCCUUGAGCUGACAAGGGACGUCUGGAAACAGCUGGCCGACAUCUCGAUGGAGGCAGUCAAGGCGUCCAACACGCUGGAGAUCAUGCUGGCCAAAAUCAAGGGCUCCGGUGGCGCGGACGGGCCGACAAGUCCGGUCGAGAGGACGUCAGCUUCCGGGCCUCUCGGAGCCACUGGCUUGACGGCAUUGGAGCCGGAGCACUCAGCGGCUAUGACACUUGGCAUGCUUUCGGAGGGAGCAAUGCCCGGCUCGCCUGCGACGCUCGGCGGCCCCCAGAUGUCUGCGGGCGCCCCGUAUGGGACGCUCAACCCGAGCUCGGACCCAUCGAAUACAGGCCCGGGCCCGAGUACGGGACCAGGCACAAAUAUGGGAGCAGGCGCCGCAGCAUAUGAAUUUUCCAACCCCAUGCUGGGUUUCGACGGCGGGCAAUCUCCACUCUCCAUGUUCGAUAACAUGGCGGGCGGCAACCUCGACUUUUCUACCAACCUUGAUUGGGAUUCCUUCGAGAACUAUAUGCAAACCGCCCACUGGGGCGCCGAAACUCUCCAGUUCUUUUCUGGCAACCCAGAAAUGUCACAACAGCAGGCUCCGCCAGAUGGCAUUCCGUUUCCCUACGGCCCAGAUCUGAGGGGUUCAACCUAAAGUGCUGUCGAGGGAGGGAUGGCGGUGGUGCAAGCGCGUCUCCUCGUUCUCGAACGAAUGUCAGCCGAGCAAUCUCCCGAUUUCUUGAGGGGGCAGGGCACGAGAAGGAUGUGGUAGUUAAGAAGCUAGGGACAUACGGCGGCGGGUGUAGGAUUUGGCGUGUCAUUGUUUGGACCAUUCCGGUGUGUGUAUUCAAAUCACCCAAUACCCUCCUCUCUGGAACAGGGUUUUCGAGCCAGGGCGUAAUCAAGCCCGGUGGCACAUCUUGAGAAAUGACCACUCCCCAACCAUCCUACGUGAGGACUCCUCUGUUGGUCAGAGGCAUUCGGCCCUUCUGUUAGUUACCACCGAAUGCAACUUCUGAGCACCCCGGCACGGCACU